GUAUGAUAGAGAAUGAAGCAAAAAAAUUGAAGAAUGAAGACUAUCGAAUGUUGCAAGAGAUCGCCGCUGACAAACAUAAGCAGGAACAACAAGAAAAGAAGGAGAAGCAAGAAGAACUUGCGGUCAGCUUACAACUUGCUUGGGAUAAAGAAAAAUUUCUCCAUGAAAAACAGGAAAGAGUUCAAGACAAACGUAUUGAACAGAUGAAUAGGUGGUUAGCUGAAGGGAAGUCGGUCGCAGACGUAGGACUGCUUUUGGAGAUGAGUGGUUUGGCUCAUCCCAAGGAGCCAAGCAGUUUGGCUCAGCCAUAAAGUUGGAUCAUUUCAUAUCUUUUUUCUGUCAUGUUUUUGCUCGAUUGAUUUUCCACUUGUCCUUAUCCUUGUCUCUUUUUUUUCCCAGUUUAUGUUUAAUUCACUUCUGUCUGUCAUUCAUCAAUAUCUCGUUCCUCUUGUCUUAUCCUUAUCCUCAUCUGUUUUUUCUGUCAUGUUUUUGAUUUUCCUGGUUUAUGUUAUUUCAUUCACUUCACUCAUUAAUAACUCCAGUUUGAUGCUGUGUCGCCAGUUUGUAUCCUCAUCUCACAAUUCAUCUCACGAUAUGUUUUUUUAUUUAAUUGCUUUAUGUUUUAUUCACUUCACUCAUUCUUUUGAUGAUGUGUAACCCCUUUUUGUUCUAUUCUCUCGUUUAGUCUUGUAUUCAUUGUAUCCAAUUUCACUACACUCGUUAAUCAAUACCUUACACUUGUUGAUACAU